AUGAAUAUGCCGUACAUAUCAACUCCAUCCUUGUCGUCCAGUGACCCCGACUACUACUACCAAGUGACAGUAGAGAGCUACGCCUCGCAUCUGCAAUAUCUGGCUGAAUACGAACUCGGGGAAGACGGGACCUUCGAAAUCGCAUUAAGCAUCUUGCUCGCAAUCGCAGUGCCCGAAGCCGACGAAGGACGCGAUAUGCUCUACCUCCUCGUAUGCGAUUCAGACGCCGCAAAGGCUUUCCUCGAGUUGACAUCAUCCAAUGAUACAUCGAAUAUCCAUGUUCCGUCCUAUUGUGCCAUACCGAAUCGCACGCUGGACUACUAUUGUCAGUCCUACCCACUCGAAGACGAGUCCCCGGAUGAAUUUGUGUACCAGUCGCUCAAGGUCGUAUCCGGAUCGAUGGCUGAAUGGACAUGGACUCCACCUCCUUACUCAGUGUUUGACCGGCAGAACGCAGAUGGAGACAACAAAGGCUCGAGCUCCAGCAACGCCAACGUGAUCUUCUUCAUAGAUUCUUGUGAGACUUUGGGUGGUCACGAUGGGAUCCUUCGGUCAUGUUUAAAUCAUCCACCAGGAUCCAAAUCACAUGGUUAUGACUCACAAGAUGACACAACGUGCUUUUACUGUCCAAACAACUACCCGACGUCGUACACGAGUGAGAUUUCCGGAAUCGCAGAGAGUGAACAGUGUAAAACGCCACCGAAUUUGCCUCCAACAAUCCGUGGCACGGUAUCAAUGAAUCUCUGCAACUCACAAGGCAGCUGUCUAGGAAGAUUGCCAAGCUUCCGAUCCGUUUUCUAUGGGUUGAGUGCACUAGUCUGGGGUAUCACCUCGUUCGUUUGGAUCGUGCACAUCCACUCAGCAGCACGUGACACCGUGAUUGAGCUCCAGACCAAGAUGAAGCUCAUCCCAGUUACUCAAACGCUCUAUUCGAUAGCGACUUUUGGAGAUCUGUACACUGAGCACAAACUUGUGGGUACAGCUCGCAGCCUCGUUCAGAAUAUCGCCGUGCUGACACAGCUCGUAGCAUUGGCGGUGUUUACCGAGGUCGUCGUAUUCAUUGCCAAAGGCUGGAAGAUCACGCGGCCUGCAUUGCUCCAACGCGAAGUCCAGUGGAUCCGCUUCGUGACUUUGAGCUGGGCGGCAUCAUUCGCUGUCUUAAAACACGCAGGAGACAAGCAGUUGGCUGUCGUGGUAGUGUGGGGUCUCUCUUGGGCCUGUGUGGUGUUCAUGAUCUGGUACAACUCGGCCUUUAACCUCAACAUGCUCAAGUUCCAGCUCGCAAUGGUACGCCAGCUCGAACUGGACCCCCAACUCACGCCUGUGCACACCAAGUUCAUGCUGUUUCGCCGCUUCCGUGCAUUACUAGCAGCUUACAUCUUCUGGUCCUGUUUCUUGGGCGUCGUGGGGCUCGUGAACGAUGCAACGCAACAUUCAACAGAAUGGACCUCUCUCCUGGGGGACGAAGGCCUCAACUUCUUGCUUUUUGUAUCGCUGGGCUACACUUUUCGAUGUCGACGCUUUGGUCGCUUGCUUCGACCCACAAACGCCAUACCACAAGCCAACGCGAAUACCAACAGGUCAACUGAUCAAAAUGGGGUACAUCGUGGGAGUAUCCUACCGGAACCACCACCUCUCGAGUCAGCAGAGUCUCCGAAACGCAAGAAAACAAUCGUAGUACUCAAUCCAGACCAGGCGCCGUCGCUAGCGACGUCAAUCGAGCCGAGUGAGCACGUCGUGAGGCCAGAUACGCUGCCUAAGAGCACUAUCGCGCCAGAAUGA